GGAGGAACGACACCAGAAAAUAUUGCAAUCUCCUAUAGAACUUGCCAAACAAAUUUCACUAUGGCCUCCAUGAAGACAUCGAAUCGCCUGAAGGUGGUGAUGGAAGGAGGCAAGGCUGCUUUUGGAUGUUGGCAAAUGGCUCCAGGUUCCAAUGUUUCAAGAACGCUUGCUCGAACUGGUGUGGAUUUUGUUGUUGUUGAUUGUGAACGUAAGUUCCCUAUUAUAAACUCUUAUGAUAGGAUACGCCUUCCAGUUCAAGUUUUGACCAUACGUGAAAGUUCAACAAGUCAUCUUGCUUGAUUUUGUCGUGGGAAUGAAAGCUGACCCAUACAGAUGGAAACAUGGAUGGUACGAUAUGAAACUCCUCUUCGUUGUACCCUUUUCUCUUGGCUGGUGAGCCUUGCUCAUUUAAAUGUACGGACAACAAGGUAUCGAAAGGUCUGGUAGGCCGAUACAUGACUUGAUGACACUAUUGAAGGACGUGUAACCCAGUAAAAUGAACCAUUGGGCGCGAAGUAUAUGCCUCUUCAAGACACCUGAACACUAGCCCGGUGCGAGGACUUCGUGAAGUCCUAUUCAAAAAACGGCCAGAACAAGAUUGCUAACUCGUGGCCAGAUGCCGCGAUGCAUGAAGCAGUAGGCCUCUUUACAUCGCCUCAAUUCUGACCAAGACUGACUUGAGGAAUUGUUCAAUAGGUUCCAGCAAUCGCAGCAUGCGGAGUUUCGCCAAUCGUGAGGAUACCUGAUAAGUCAGAGCCAUCAAUCCAUUCAUGCCCUUAUGAUAGCUUCUAACAAUUCACGUCAGCCAAGGAUACAUGGUUAAGCGUAAGUCCGCGUGUACAAACCAUCCAGGAGCAUCACUAAUAAAUUCAAAGGGGCCUUGGACAGUGGUGCUCAUGGUAUACUGGUUCCGUUAUUAUACACGGUCGAGGACGCGCAAAAACUUGUUCGAAGCGCGAAGUUUCCUCCUCAGGGAACCCGAGGAUUUGGUUCACCUUUUCCUGCAGAACGUUUUGAUCCCCUGCUUGGCGCAACGGACUACCUCCAACAGGCAAAUGAUUCGAUUUUGACUAUCGUCCAGGUUCGACUCUAGUACAAAUGUCUUGAAAAACACUGCUGAUUCAUGUCCUCAUAGAUUGAAACCAAGGAGGCUCUAGAUGAUGUGGACGCGAUUGCGGCAGUUCCAGGAAUAGACGUCCUCUUCGUCGGACCUUUUGACCUGGGAAACAAUAUUGGCCAUCCAAUCCUAGAUGGCACGAUGCAUCAAAACCUGAUAACCGCGAUAGAUAAAGUCCUGAGGGCUGCGACUUCGGCUGGAAAGAAAGCUGGAAUCUUCUGUACGAGUGGCGAACAGGGAAGGAUUUUUGCAGAAAAGGGAUUUCAGAUGAUGAGUACUGCCACUGAUAUAUAUGUUCUGGCUGGGGGUGUAAUGGCUUCGUUGGCUACUGCAAAGGGCACGGGACCAGCGCCAAAAAUGCAAGGCUAUGGAAGUUGA